AUGCAUGUUACGAACCAGACCAGGGUCACUGAGAUUCUUCUCCUAGGAUUUCAGGAUCUACUACAUUUCAAGAUGUUAUUUUUAUUUUCCCUUCCUGUUUUCCUUAUUGUGACCAUAUUUGGAAAUAUUCUGAUUAUUUGGCUGGUGGCAUCUAACAGCAGUCUCCAGUCUCCCAUGUACUUCUUCCUAACCCAACUGUCCAUUUCUGAUUUACUUGUAACAACAAACAUUGUCCCUAACACACUUUAUAUUAUAUUUAAUGAAGGAGGCACUAUGUCUCUUUCAGGUUGCAUUGUUCAGUUUUAUUUUUUUGCUUGUUCUGAAGCCUCUGAAUGUUUCCUCCUGACUCUAAUGGCUUAUGACAGGUAUCUGGCCAUCUGUAACCCUCUGAGAUACAGCAUGUUAAUGAACCCCUUGGUAUGUGUUACAUUUGCUAUCAUUUCUUGGUUGUUAAGCUUUUCUCUGGAAUUGAUUUUACUAAUAUCAACAAUGUUUCUUCAAUUUUGUGGUACAAAUGUUAUUGACCAUUUUUUCUGUGACCUUGUCCCACUAUUAAAACUUUCUUGCUCAGACACCACUUUUUUUGAAAUGGAAGUUCUCAUAAUGAGUGUACCAUGUUGUUUUAUUCCACUUCUAAGUAUUGCUGUUUUUUAUGUAUAUAUUGUGAAGGCUGCAAUAAGGAUCUCCACCAUAAAUGGAAAGUCAAAAGUAUUCUCCACUUGCAGCUCCCAUCUAAUGGUGGUUUCAAUAUUCUAUGGCUCAUUAAUUGGAAUUUAUAUGCUUCCAACUAAGGGAAAAUCUAUGACUGUAAACAAAAUUGUAUCCUUAUUAUACACCGUGGUGACUCCUAUGAUUAACCCGAUUAUAUAUAGUCUGAGAAAUAGUGAUAUCAAAAAAGUUUUGAAAAAAAAAAAAGCUUGUUGUCAUUACAACAUUGGUAUGGGUAUUGUAAGGAUUAGGAUCCUACUCCAAAUUUAG